UUGGCCAACGUCAAAAAUGUGGGUGACAGAAACGUGUUGAACAGCUGAUAAACAUUUGCUACUGAUUAUUCGUGUGGUAUUUGUAGAUUUUUCAAUAAAUAUCAAACUGGAUAAAACGAAGAAUCCUUUGAAGCUUAUCAUGAAGCCGCAGUUAGGGGAAUCAAAACCGAAUUCCGGGGGCUCUGGAGAGGCUGACGAGUGUUUGUUCGAGUAUUUACAUGCAGAGAUUGUCAACUAUGUUAUGAGUACGAGUACAAAUUCUAAGGAAGGUGAAGAAGAUUUAUCGAAGCUAGAGUGGAUGGGUUUCGGUGUUGGAUAUCGAGUGAUAGAACGAUUAACCAGAGAAUGGACUCGAUUCAAAGACGAGCUGGAUAUGAUUAAGUUUAUCUGUACUGAUUUCUGGUCGAGUCUCUACCAAAAACAAAUCGACAACUUGAAGACUAAUCAUCACGGGACAUACAUGCUGCAGGACAAUGCGUUUCGUUUAUUAGUGCACAUUGGUGCCAAAGACAGUAAACAGUAUUUACGUGAGUGUCCGAAGCUGUUGGCUUUCACCUGUGGACUUUUGAGAGGGAGUCUGGCUAAUCUGGGAAUUGUUAGUGUUGUUAAAGCAGAGAUAUCUUCCUUACCUAGUUGCAAGUUUCAUAUUGAGGUCCAGAGGGUUUAAUUUAGUAUAUAAACAGGGUGAACAGGCCAAUUGCUACGGUUAAGCAAAAUUCGAGUUUUUUGGUAGCAUGUGAAAUAACAGAAUCACCUAAAUGGGCAUAUAAUGGCUUUCAUACCUUCAAGAAUGUUCGCAUUAGCAGAAAAAAAUU